CAAAUACCACCAAAAAUAAAAAAGCAAAGGAACGUAAUGCGAUCGAUCUCAAAUGGUUUCCUCAAUCAUCUCCAGCCUAGCACUCAUUCAAGCCUCGCGAGGAUUAUCCAAACAAGCAGUCAACAACUCCGACAAACCUCUACCCUGCCGGAUUAUCGACUCCAGCCGAAGAAAUGGACACGAAAGAUUCUCUUAAUUCGAUCACACGAUGGCCAGAAGAUCCACUCAAGCUCAUACGUCACUUCGAGUGCUCAUCGCCAUAAUCAAUCAGACAAGGCCUUGAUCGACGAACUUCGCAGAUUAAGUCAUGGUCAAGAGAGCGCCCAACCCAUGCUAGGCCCAUUCAUGAUGCCGAGGGGUACGGUAAACGAGAAGCCGUUGAGGCACGACGAAUACCAUCACUGGUCUCGAGUAGGUUGGUCUGAACGGAUACGUCGGGUGUUCCGGAUGGGUCGGAACUUGGUCAUCGUUAGCUUUGGGGGUUGUCUAGGAAUCCUGGUGAUCUACAGCAUCACAUCCGAACUAUUCGCACCUUCAUCGACUACCAACCUGAUGAACAUGACCAUCAAGACCAUACAAGAAUCAGAAGAGCUCAACAAGAUCUUAAAAUCGCCCAUCAAAUUCCACACAUCUCCAACCCCCUCAGGGAACUCGAUCAGUAAGAGGACCAGCGGGAUUCCUCAGAGUAUCCAACAUCAAACUGGAGUAGUCGAAUUAAGAUUUUGGGUUGAGAGUUGUAAACCAAGUCUACUCGAAGGAGAUUGGAAGAGUUGGGAGUGGUGGAAAAGCUGGAUCGGUCCCUUGAUCACCUCCGAAGUUUACCACUAUCCUUCCCAUCGAUCAGCCGACUCGAAUUCCAACUCCUCAAACGAUUCUCAAGCCUCUGGAACUGAGAAUCAGUCAACCCGAUGGUGGCCUGGUCUCCUCAAAUCGAUCAUGCCCAAUACUCUCGGCCGAUCCUCAAGGGCCUCGAAUGAUCAGAAGUCGUGGGCUGAGCGAUUUUUCUCAAAUCAUGGCAGCUUCGAACAUGGUGAAGUCGUGGCCGAAUUAAUCAAAGAAUCCAACGGAGAAUGGAGGUAUAAAAGUUUGGUGAUUGAUUUCCCAGACUCGCAGAAUGUAAAAUACCGGUUAAAUGUAUCCAAUGAAUUGAAGAGGAAACAGAGACUCGCGAACCAUCGAACAGCAGGACAAGCUGAUGGGGACGAAGAUAAUCCAAAACAACCUACCCGUUAUCGGUUCUGGAAUCGCCGGAUAAAUCUAUGAUCAAAUUUCAUCAUCUGUUUAUCUAUCUACUAACCACCCUUCCCUUAGGAAAAAAAAAAUAAGAAGAAUCAAAAUACCAAUGCCUUUCUUUGGUUUCUCAUUCCAGAAAAUAAAAUUGUCUUCCAGGAUCACAUCUGUGUUCCACAUACAAAAUGUUUUGAAACAUAACACAAUGACAUUC